UAAGAUGAAAAUCUGCUUCAGAACACAUUCAUUUCCCAAAAAGACUACAUUUUUUCCUCUAACUCGUUCCCGAAAGCUUGGAACUUUUUUUGUUUCUAAAAGUAAAAGAGAGUGUUCUGUUUCCUUCUUGGUCUUGUCUUUACCGUCCGUGGGACGUGGACAAAGGAUCACCAUCAGACAUGAGAACCCUCCACGUAGUCUCUUUCCCCCUUCUUCGAUAGCUUUCAUGUGACCCUCUCCUGACGUGUUUCUUGAUUUCUGGGUUUUGGCUUUUCUGGAGAAACGCCAAAGAACAGCUUUUUGUAGAAGAUGACAAGUGUCAAGAGGAAGUUAGACGAUGAACUGUCGUCUCCUUGGUUCUACACCGUUUGUACCAUGGGAGGAAUGAUCAGUGCCGGAACAACACAUCUGGCUAUAACCCCUCUUGAUGUCCUCAAAGUCAAUAUGCAGGUGAAUCCUGUGAAGUACAAUAGCAUUCCCUCAGGUUUCUCAACUCUCUUGAGAGAGCAUGGACAUUCCUAUCUCUGGAGAGGUUGGUCAGGGAAACUUUUAGGCUAUGGUGUUCAAGGCGGGUGCAGAUUUGGACUCUAUGAGUACUUCAAGACACUCUACAGCAAUGUGUUGCCUAACAACAAGAAAACUUCCAUAUAUUUUCUCAGUAGUGCUUCUGCUCAGAUAUUCGCAGAUAUGGCCUUGUGUCCUUUUGAAGCUAUAAAAGUUAGAGUUCAGACGCAGCCCAGGUUUGCAAAAGGGUUGCUUGAUGGGUUCCCAAGAGUGUAUAGAAAUGAGGGUCUUGCUGGCUUCUACAGGGGACUUUUUCCUCUCUGGUGUCGCAAUCUUCCAUUUUCUAUGGUGAUGUUCUCAACGUUUGAGCAGUCAGUUGAGUUUAUAUAUCGAAACAUUAUCCAGAAAAGGAAGCAAGAUUGCUCUAAAGCUCAACAACUUGGUGUCACAUGUCUUGCUGGCUAUACUGCUGGAGCCGUAGGUACAGUCAUCUCUAACCCUGCAGAUGUGGUUGUUUCGUCUCUUUACAACAACAAAGCCAAGAAUGUGUUGCAGGCUGUGAGAAACAUUGGGUUUGUUGGUCUCUUCACCAGAAGUCUUCCUGUUCGAAUAACGAUUGUUGGACCUGUCAUAACCUUGCAGUGGUUCUUUUAUGACGCUAUCAAAGUCUUAAGUGGAUUCCCUACCAGUGGAGGUGUGCCGAAACCAGUGGAUGCAACUAAGGUGUCAGUGUGAAGCUUAGAAGAGUAUAUUUUCUCUCUUUCAACAUUAGAAUCUGAAACUUCAAACGUAUUAUGGUAUUAUGUAAGAUUCUCUUACGUUUCCCAAUUGUAUAACAACUUAAGCUGAUAACACGACAACAAUUUAUUGUCUGCAAAAUAACACACUCAAAUUAACAAUAUUUUGCAAUCUUUUUUUUU